AUGUCCACGAAAGCUGCCUUGAAAGCGGCCAAGUCGGCGCUGGACCAACAGCAAUACGACGCCGCCAUUGAAGRGGCGCAGAAAGCCCUUUCCACAGAUCCUCAAAACUACUUCGCUCUGCUUUUCCUAGGCCGCGCAUACGAGAAGCAAGGCAGAUACGAAGACGCUGCCAGAUCGUACAAAUCAGCUGCUUCCUCAAAGCCUGGAGAUACGCAAGCAUGGCUUGGUCUAUGCAGCGUCUACGAGGCACAGGGUCCACAAAGGGUCGACGAGUAUCGUGAGGCAGCUGUAGGUGCAUCGCAGCUCUUCGCCAACGCUGGUGAUCCUGAACGAUGUCAAUCAACCAUCAACAAACUCUUCGCAUUCACCAAGCAGCACGGAACUCGGGCCCAGAACAAACAAAUCCUUCGCCUCCAUCUUCCAGGAAGCCCCGUAUACGACUGUCUAGAGGGAAGAAUACCACAUCCUUCGCAUACCUUUACUCGUCUUGUUGAGAUCACCGAGGAUGAGGAAUCGCAGUUCAUCGCAAAGCAGAUCAGUGAACGUCGCACCCGGAUAGGAGCCAAAGUCGGACAGGUAACUUCAGAGGUAAAGCUACAGGUGUAUCAAAAAAGUGAGCUCGAAGAUCUCUACCAGCAGAUCAUCAAUUGGUCCACCGAUGACGAUAUAAGACGACAAUACGAAGAGAAGCUUCUUCACCGCGCUUACGAAAUGCUCGAGGUAUUGCCGGCUGAGCAGAAAGUCUCGAAACUCGAUCAGGUCCUUACACUUGCCGAGGGUAUGGUGAUCAUACAUCAUCCUUUCCGUCUGGCCUGGGAUUUAGUAUUGGAGUCUCGCGAUUUGGACGAGCUACGAGACCUGGAUGUUGGAAUCCUGCGAGAAUAUGCUACAUCGUUCCCAGACAGUGGUCUUGCGAGGAUAUUCAAGGCAUGGCUGAGUAGUGAGAUAUCACCUUUUCCAGCCCGACCGAAGACGGACGAGGAUGAUGAUGACUUAUCCCAACCUAUCGAGCCGGAAGAUCGCUUGCUUCUGUUCACGGAAGCCCUGGCAGUCGCAGGACAAUCCCCGCUUGCACACCGUUUGGUGGGCGAUUACUACCUACACCUGGAGGAGCACCAGAGUGCGGUGGAGACUUCGAGAACCGGCAUUGAAGUCGUCGCCAUUGAGGCUGGGAAGCUAGGAAUGAGCUUCCAGAAUACGAAAGAUGCGCUGAACUCUGUAUUGGCCACCGCACUUGUACAUCAUCAAGCUCCAAGAAAUCAUCCUGAGGCGAAAAGAUUGUUCGAGGACAUUCUCCAGCGCAAACCCAUCUUCACUCCAUCGUUGAUCGGUCUUGGCUUGAUUAUGGAGGAGAAUGAGGACUAUGCAGAUGCCAUCGAAUUCUUCGCACGAGCUUUGGAACAAGACAAGGGCAAUGUGCGCGUUGGUACGGAGCUUGCUUGGUGUAGAGCGCUAAGCGGCGAUUAUUCACUAGCCGCAGCUGAACUCGAAGACUUCCUUCAGCUGAUCAAAGCAGACGACCCACGUACGAGAGACUUGCGUGCGCAGACUCUGUAUCGGAUUGGUAUCUGUUUAUGGGAGAUGGACACCUCAAAAUCGGCUCGAAAAGAUCGUAAUGGCGCAUAUGGCCGUUUCUUGGCCGCAAUCAGGACCAACGUUAACUUCGCACCGGCCUACACGAGUCUGGGAACGUAUUAUGCAGACUACGCCAAAGAUAAGAAGCGAGGACGGCAAUGCUUUCAAAAGGCCUUUGAGCUAUCGCCUGCUGAGGUCCACGCUGCGGAACGGCUGGCGAGAACGUUCGCGGACCAAGGCGAUUGGGACAUUGUGGAGGUCAUCGCUCAGCGAGUUGUUGACUCUGGUAGGACCCGACCGCCACCGGGUUCGAGAAAGAAGGGCAUAAGCUGGCCGCAUGCCGCCCUCGGUGUGGUUCAGAUGAACAAGCAGGAAUACCAGCUCGCCAUCGUCUCUUUUCUCGCUGCACUACGGAUCAGUCCCGACGACUAUCAGCCGUAUGUCGGGCUUGGUGAGAGCUAUCACAAUUCUGGCCGCUACAACUCCGCUCUCCGAACCUUCAAUUACGCCUUGCAGCCUCACGAUGGAGUCGACCUGAAGAUCACAGGGGAGAGAUGGUUCGCAAAGUAUAUGCUUGCGAACGUGUACCGAGAGCUUGGCCAAUAUGACGAAGCGUCUGCAGGUCUGCAUGCAGUGCUUGAGGAACGUCCGACAGAAUUUGGUGUACUAAUGUCGUUGCUGCAAAACUACGUUGAGCAUGCAUGGAGAUGUGUUGAGACUGGUCUUUUUGGCCAGGCUGUAGAGAAUGCCAAAGAGGCAAUCGCUACGGCCGAGAAAAUCUCCGACGAAGCUCCAAACGCGUUCAACAUGUGGAAAGCUAUUGGAGAUGCGUGCUCCAUCUUUUCGUGGGCUCACGUGCAUUCCCCUAGCUUUCCCAUUGAUACCGUACUGAAGUUGCUCAACUUGUCAGCUGACGAUCUGAUGUACGAGCCUCUGGCUGAUGUCGACAAGAUUUCGCUAUCUCUAUUGCACCAGAAUGAGACAGAUAGAAGUACCGCUCUUUCUACCCCGCUGAUUGCGUCCAUUCUCGCUUUCAAGCGGGCCAUCCACUCUUGCUCCCACGAUGUUCAUGCGCAAGCGGUGGCGUGGUACAACCUCGGAUGGGCCGAACAGCGAGCGCAAGUGGGAAGCAACUCCAGGAGUGGAAAGAAGCACAGUAGUGCUGCUGUUCGAUGCUUCAAGCGCGCCAUUGAGCUUGAAGCUGGUAACGCCGAAUUUUGGAAUGCUCUCGGGAUCGUCACGACCACACUCAAUCCUAAAGUUGCUCAGCACUCUUUCGUUCGCUCACUUCACCUCAACGAGCUUAACGCAAAGGUUUGGGCCAACCUGGGCGUUCUAUACUUGCUCCAAAACGACACGGAGCUGGCUCAACAAGCUUUCGCCAGAGCGCAGAGUACAGAUCCAGAUUAUGCCCAUGCAUGGGUUGGUGCAGGACUCAUCUCAUUGUUGACUGGAGAUGUAACGGAAGCCCUCAACCACUUCACUCAUGCUUUCGAGAUAUCCGACUCUACCUCAGUCAUCGUCAAGAAGCAGUACGCUGUCUCGACCUUCGACUACCUCCUCACUGUCUCUGCUGCGUCAAAAGAUCUCACCAAGCUCAUUCAGCCGCUGUUUGCAUUGGAGCAACUAGGUGCACAAUCACCUCAAGACCUGCCAUACCGCCACCUCGCGGCGCUAUUCCUUGAGAGGGUGGGCAACUACGGUGAAGCGAUCGAAACUUUGACUUCACUCUGUAGCUUGGCGGAAGCAGACUACGAAGCGUCCGAGUCACUUGCCGCUCUUGCACGAUUCGCCUUGGCGAAGGCAGACCUUGCUCGUAAUCAACUAGCAGCGUUGUGUUUCGCAGACGCCGCAGAGAAUGCUGAAGUUGCGCUCGACCUGUCAGCUGACGCUGACGAAAGCGGCCUGGAUCCUGAAUCACGCCGCAAGCUGCGUCUUUCAGCUCAUUUAACAGCAGGGCUAGCGCAAUUCAACAAUGGUAAGAUGCAGAACAGCAUUUCUAUGUUCAAGGCAGCCUUACAAGAGAGCGCGAAUGAUCCCGAUGUUGUCUGCUCUCUUGUGCAGGUUCUUUGGGCGCAGGGAGGUACGGAGGAGAAGUCAGUCGCCCGGGAGCAGCUCUUUGAAUGCGUAGAGAAGAGCCCAGAGCAUGUCGGCGCUGUCACGCUUUUGGGCGCCAUAGCAGCACUUGACGCAGAUGAUGACACUAUCGCCGCCGUCCGAGACGAUCUGCUCUCUCUCCGCACCAAGGAUCAUUUGAAUGCUAGGGAUGUGAAUGGAAUCGAGAUGUUGUUGUCAUCGCUUGCAACACUGUCAUCGAAAGAAGAUGGAAGGACCAGCGUGCUCACUGAGGCGCAAACUGCCAUACUGCUGAGGCCGGAUGACGCGCAGGCUUGGUCCAAGCUUGGGGAAGUUGCAGGAGACGAGUGGGCCACAGAAAUGGCGCUCAAAAAUGCGACGAAGGAGGUUGCGCCAUUCGGGGAAAUGCAGGCGGAGGAGCUGGCGCAAGCAUUCGCCGGCGCUGGCAGGAUUGGCGAUGCACAACGAGCGAUUUCGAUGGCACCGUGGUCUGUUCAUGGGUGGGAGACGCUGGGUGAAGCCUUGAAAGGGUGA